AUGAAGCUCUUUGGCGCGUGCUGCCUCGCGCUGGUGGCAGGCACGGCAUGUGCUGAGCCAGAGCAGAGGCGUAGCCUUCGCAGCUGUGUUGCCGGCGUCUUUGGCAAAGAUGCAGAGGCGAGAAUUGUAUCCUCAGAGGACGAGGCGUACACGGAUGCCCGCAUCGGCGAGUCAAUCCAGUUCAACCAGCUGCCACUGCUCAUCGCCUACGCAGAUGACGCCUCGCAAGUUGCUCCUCUCAUCAGCUGCGCCAAAAAGGCAGGCAUCAAGGCCGUCCCGCGCACCGGAGGUCACCACUUCAUGGGGUACUCUGCCCUCAACGGCACCCUCGUCGUCGACAUCACGCACAUCGAUCGUGUGAGUGUCUCGGCGGACAAGUCGACGGCCACCGCCGGCGCGGGGAUCCGACUCGGGGCGCUCUACACGGCGCUCAGCCAGCACGGGCGCGACUGGCCCGGCGGCAUCUGCCCGACGGUCGGGCUCUCGGGCUUCCUCGGCGCGGGCGGCUUCAACAUGCAGAUGCGGCAGCUGGGCAUGGGCGUCGACCACGUGCUGGCCGCGCGCGUCGUUCUCGCCGACGGGCGCACCGUGAGGGCCUCGCCGCGAGAGAACCGCGACCUCUUCUGGGCGGUGCGCGGCGGCGGCGGCGGCUCGUACGGCGUCGUCGUGGAGUGGACGCUGCGCCUCGCCCGCUUCCCACGCUCCGCCAUGGUCCAGGUCAAGUGGGAGGACGCCGCGUCGCGAGUCGACCUGGCGGCGGGCUUCUUCGACUGGGCGCCGCGGACGGACCGUCGCCUCACGACCUCCAUCAACGUGUACAAGAACCGCACCGAGGUCCUGGGCUGGUGCCUCGGCUGCCGCCUCGACGAGGCCCAGGCGCUUAUGAACCAGUCGGGCCUGCUCGCGAUAGGCAAGCCCGAGGUGCACAUCGCGGGAGGGUGCAACACGGACAACGCGCGCAUGUUUGGCUACAUCGUGAGCGACUGCCUGCCCGACGCCGAGGUCGCAAAGCUGGCGCCCCUGGCCAUGAACGUCGUCCAGCAGCCCUUCACGCCCGUCGACAACCACACGCAGUUCAAGUGGCGCGAGACACCGCAGAACCCGAACGCGCCGGCGGCCCAGCCGUGGGCGCGCUUCCGCCGCAUCAGCAAGUCGUUCUUCGUGUCCAAGGACAAGCCCCUGGCCCGCGCCGCCGUCCAAGAGCUCGUCGACAGGCUGUCCGAGCUGCCGGACGAGGCCGCCGGCUGGGGCGAGUGGCACGCGUGGAACAUCGCGGGGCCCUCGGACCAGGCUGCGUUUCCGUGGCGGGAGCGCGCGUACGCUCACCUCGAGUUCAUCCUGACGGGGUCAGCCGACGAGAAGAAACAAAAGUCCUACCUCGAGUGGGCGGACCGCCUGGAGAAGUAUCUCCGGCCGGUAGUUGGGCCAGCGUCAUACGCCGGAUACAUGGACGCGAGCAUCUCGACGAAUGCUCUUCAGUCUUAUUACGGACCCAAUGUCGAUAAGCUGUCUGCGAUCAAGCGAAAGUACGACCGCUCCGACUUUUUCGACAAUCCCCUUGGCAUUCAGGCUAGCUGA